AUGAAAUCUCUGAUCUUGCUCGGCUCGGCGUGUGAUGACGUCAAAAUGAAUAAAACGCCAGAGUCACUUGAGUACCGCAAAAACAAGACGAUCGACUGGGUCCGACAAAUCAGCUCGCAUGCAGUCGAUUGGGCUGAGGCAAUUCAGGAGCUGUCUUGGCCAGAGUGUGCGACUGAGCUAGCGGAGGAACGGCUUUGGAAGAAAAAGCCAGCAACCGCCGACGAAGCGGCAUCGAUCGUGCGACGAGCGUACGAAGACACUGGACCGAAAGCGUGGGGAUAUCAAACCCUGGCUCACCCCGGUGAUUGGGUACCGGAAAGGCAUUAUGCAGUGCGCGCCAUAAACGGGACGUAUGCGAACGUGACAAACGCAGAGGGCUGGACGGUGCACGUGUUCAGAUACAACUUUGUGGACCCUGCAUUUUGCAAGAGAGUGGAGCAAGCGAAAAUUCGCCUACAAGAAGAAGAUUAUGCGGUGAAGCGAGCUUUGAGGAACAGCCUGGAUGUUUCGAGAGGCAGGGCUGAGUUAGCGAUCGACCGUUAUUUUGCACCAAUCGGUCUGGUGAGCGAGGACGCGUUUUCCGGGAGCUUCUUCUUAAUGGACAACCCUAUGCACUGCGAGGAUCAUGCGAUAGUCGGAAACUGCACUCUGGAAGCCUGCCCAACAAAUGGUACCCUCUCUGCAUCCCAGGAAUUGAUUGAAAACCAUUGGUUUCCAUGGCCAUGCCAGUAUCGAGCCUACCACCUAAUGGUC